AUGGAGCAACAUUUUCAUAAUCAUAUGCUAAUUCCAACAAAUCCGCAGGAAAUUUGGAUUCAUUGUGUAAAGACAAUGUUUCAAUUUGUUACCAAAAAAACUUACAAAUGGCAUGGGCUUAUUUAUGGAAGAAUUGUUUGGCAAGAACUUGAUUAUGAUCCAACUAAAAGCCAAUAUAUAGCAAGUGAAUCUAACAUUAAUCCUAAUCCUAUUUUAAUUGCGGAAAAUUCAGAUAAUGAAGAUAAUGAUGCAGAAUUUUGUGGAAACGCAAUAAUUAAAAAUAAAAUUUUAUUGAAUGAGGUAAAUUUUUAUUUAUAUAAUGAAGGAGUUAUUGCAUUGUAA